GCUGAACAAGAUGGCUGUGUGUCGGGGAGCGGAGAGCUGGGAAUAGGGGGUGGGGGGAUAGUCAUUGAUUCCGGCGGAUAAAAUAUAUUUUUAACUCCAACAUCCGAAAGACUCUUGUUUAGUCUUGCGCGACAGGGAAUCAGUUUGGUCGUCCAUGGGACGAGGCGUAAAAGGGCCAAGCAGAGAAGCGACGGUGGACCUCCCCGUUACGAAAAGGGUGUUGUAGCCUCCAGAUUAUUACAGGAAAAAACAUUCCUGUGAAGAAAUUCUUCAACAACUAUAGGCUCAUUGGAGAGAUGUCAUUGUUGUGUGUCGGUGUGAAGAAAGCCAAGCUCGAUGGACCGCAAGAAAAGUUCAACUCAUACGUGACGCUGAAGGUUCAGAAUGUCAAGAGCACGACCAUCGCCGUGCGCGGAGGCCAGCCCUGCUGGGAGCAGGACUUCAUGUUCGAGAUCAACCGGCUGGACCUGGGGCUGACGGUGGAGGUCUGGAACAAAGGCCUGAUCUGGGACACCAUGGUGGCCACUCUGUGGAUCCCCCUGCACAGCAUCCGCCAAUCAAAUGAGGACGGACCGGGCACGUGGCUCACCCUGGACUCCAACGUCAUCAUGGCUGAGAACGAGAUCUGUGGAACCAAAGACCCCACCUUCCACAGGUUGCUGCUGGACACCCGCUUUGAGCUGCCCCUAGAUAUUCCAGAGGAGGAGGCCAGGUACUGGGCCAAGAAACUGGAACAGCUCAACGCCAUGAGAGACCAAGACUUCGGUUACCAAGAUGAGCAGGAGAGGCCUCUGCAGCCUCCGACAACGCAGUGCUGUAACUGGAGUUUGUGGGGCGAGCAACAGCACGAAGACCCCGACAGCGCGGUGGACGACCGCGACAGCGACUACCGCAGCGAGACCAGUAACAGCCUCCCUCCCCCGUACUACACCACCUCACAGCCCAACGCCUCCAUGCACCAGUACCCCAUGAGAGGGCCCCCCUCCCUGGGCUCCUACAGCGAGGACAUCAACCACCUGGACUACGACGGCCGAGCCAUGAGCCCGUCUGACAGCCGCUACGCCUCCUCGGGGGACCUGAGCCGCGGCAGCUCCCAGCUCAGCGAGGACUUCGGCCCCGGGGACGGCGGGAGCCCGCGGGGGUCCGAGUUCUACGACGAGAACGACUCGUACCACUCCUGCCACUCCUCCGUCAGCUACGGCAAGGGGGAGGGCUCGCCCGGCUGGGAGGGCGGCGAGGGCCCGGCGGGGGGCUUCAGCGACGACGGGGAGGGGGGCUACUUCAAGGACGGCGGCGAGGAGGGGGCCCUCUACGACGGGGGGGAGGCGGAGCUCUACGGGGGCGGAGCCGUGGAGGAGGCGGAGCUAGGAGGCGGGGUCGUGGGCUACGGCUACCAGAACGGGAACGGGGAGACGGCGUACGAGGGGGAGGAGGAGGAGGGGGACGUGUACCGGCUGGAGCGCGCGCUCAGCGAGGACCAGGAGCCCCCCUACACACCCACGCCCCCCAGCGGCAGCCCCGCCCCGUUCCCCCCCGCCGAGGGCGUGGCCGCCGCCCCCGGCCGCCCCCCCCUAGAGAAGCAGGCGUCGCUGCGCCCCCCGCCCCCCGGCCCCGACCCCGGCCCGGGCCUCCUGGGGCCCCCGGCUCCUGGGGGCCCCGACGGCUCCGCACCGCCCUUCAGCUCGCUGUCGGCCCCCAAGCUGCCCUUCACCCCCGGCAGGCCAGACCUCGCCAUCUCCGCCAUCUCCGCUGCCGCCGCCGCCUCCACCGCCUCCACCGCCGCCGCCGCCUCCACAUGCCCCCCGUUCCCCACCAUCUCCACCGCCACGGCCCCCGCGGCGGCCGGGCCCCUGACCCCCCAGGGCCCGGAGGCUGAUCUCAGGCUGGAGGGGCCGUACGAGGAGCCGGGGCCCCCGGUGGUGGAGAGCCCGCCCUUCGGCCCCGGGGAGAUACCAGAGACUCCCCUCGCCACAAGCAGCUUCCCGAAGAGGAUGGAGAUGGAGCCCGGGACAGCCAGGGCCAAGGCCAACUGGCUCCGCCUCUGCAGUAGGGUACGGCUACAGCUGAAAGAGGCCCGAGGUGAGAGUGUGGGGAUCGCAUCACUGCUCCUCUCUGCGGGCGUGGGCGGAGCUCUGUACAGCAUCGACAGCAUGCCAGACCUCAGGAAGAGGAACACCAUGCCUCUUGUCAGGGAUCUGGCUAUGUCUCUGGUUCAGAACUCCAGGAAGGCGGGCAUCACAUCUGCACUGACAUCGAGCACCCUGCACAACGAAGAGCUGAAGAGCCACGUGUACAAGAAGACCCUGCAGGCCCUCAUCUACCCCAUCUCCUGCACCACGCCGCACAACUUCGAGGUGUGGACGGCCACCACGCCUACCUACUGCUACGAGUGCGAGGGGCUGCUGUGGGGCAUCGCGCGCCAGGGCAUGCGCUGCACCGAGUGCGGCGUCAAGUGCCACGAGAAGUGCCAGGACCUCCUAAACGCCGAUUGCCUCCAAAGUACGACACCCCGCGGCUCUCUAAGGAACACACCGUCUCCUCUCUGGCCUCCGUCCGAUAGAUAG